AUGCAUCGACGGUUUAAAGCAUGGAUGAACGCCAAACGGCAAAGUCGUCAACGUGCCCCCCAAGACCCUGAAAUCCCACUGCUACCCAACCCGCGACCGUACGCGUUGACACCAUCACCAUCGCAAGAGCAAAUCACAACACUAGCAGAAACGGUCCCCUUCUUCAGAUUGCCGCUAGAACUGAGACGAAAGAUUUUAAUCCAUGCAUUUGGCAAUCGAACGGUUCACAUGGAUCUCGUUUUGACCCAUCCGUUGCGCGAACCGCUGAACUUCGACAUGGAUGUGAGAUCCAUAGACCCUAAACGGAGGUUUCAUGGUCAAGAUCAUUCGCACCUCUGGCCAUACCACAAGAAGAAUCUUGGUCUAGACAUAGAACAACCUAAGUACUGGCAGUGGAGGGGCUGCGUAUGUCAUCGCCUGCUACCACCUCGGUUCAAGGCAACUGUGGAUGCCCACAAUAUCGUCAAGCCUGGGGAUGAUAGAUGCUGCGACGGCUGGUCGUUCUAUUGUGUAUUAUAUACUAAGUUUGCUGGCAAGCCUGACUCUUGCUGGAUUGGGGCUAUGGGAUGGCUUUUGACUUGUCGUCAAGCAUAUGUCGAAGGAACUGAGAUCCUGUAUGGCACAAACAUUAUUCACAUAUCAAGCCAGCCUCUUAUUAACAACUUGGGCAUGUUAAUUCGUCCGCGAAGCCUGUCGAUGAUAACCUCGCUCGAGAUUGUGUUCGAUCUGAGUACUCAUGAACACCAAGGCAAACUAGUUCCGAGUCAGUCAGAAUUGGAAAGAAACCUUCAAAUGUUGGAUACACAUUUUCCUCAGCUAAUAAGCCUGCACCUUGGGAUCCGGGUCGAAAAUCCCGUCUUGGAUGUGCCACCACGCUAUGAGGUUACUAGAAGACCUGUAUACCUCUCAGACAUGCUCCAAUCAGUGGAUGCGUUCGUUAAACGUCGGAACGACCGGCCUGAGCUCUGUAAUUUUCGGGACCCCUUCUUAUUAUCCAUCCCACAGGCAGCGUAUAAGGGUUUGACGAAGGAGGUUCGAGAUGACAAUCGAUAUUAUGUCAGGAAGAGUGGUGCCCAAAUUUGGCGCCCCAUUUCGGCUGAGUCGAUUGUGUUGGACGACGAAGGCGAGUUGACCAACGCAACACCAGAGAAUGGCUACUGGACUUGGGGAGACUAUGAAGAUAGGUUUGAAUUGGAAUUCAACCGUCCACCACCGCAAGUGAACUGCUUUGGCACUUAA